AUGUUAGAUGCCUCUGCCGGUGGGAGUAUCAAGUGGAAGACGCCAGAGGAAGCUUAUGAGUUAAUAGAGAAUAUGGCCGCCAAUGAUAAUGAAGCUUACACUGAGAGAGCCCAUUCUCAAAAGAAGGGUAUUCUAGAGCUUCAAUCUCAAGAUGCUCUAUUGGCUCAAAACAAGAUUAUGACUCAGCAGUUGGAGACCCUGAUGAAGAAAUUGUCACAACUUCCUCAAGAGCUUCAAAAUGCCUCUGUAGCUCAACUCCAACAAGUGCAAAGUUGUGAGUUAUGUGGAGGAAACCAUACCAAUGGGCAAUGUGCUAUGCCAAGCACAUCUCAAGAGGAAGUUAGUUAUAUGGGCAAUCAAGGCCGACCAGGGAACUAUAAUCAAGGAUGGAAACCUCACCAAAACAUGAGCCAAGCAGGACUUUCCAAUAGGCCCCCACAUCAACAAACUUACCAACAUCCCUCUUUGACUGACAGAACCUCAAAGCUUGAGGACAUGAUGCAACAGUUCUUGCAGAUGUCAAUUCAAAAUCAAAAGAACACUGAUGCAUCAAUAAAAAACUUGGAGGUGCAAGUAGGGCAAUUAGCCAAGCAAUUGGCUGAUCAACGAGGAAGUUCUUUUUCCGCCAACACUGAAGCCAACCCCAAAGAACAAUGUAAGGCCAUCUUCACUAGAAGCGGAAAGGAGGUUGGACUAGCACUGCAACAAAUACCCUCUUAUUCAAAGUUCAUGAAGGAGUUCCUUGGCAAAAAGAAGAAAUACAUAGAAGAGGAAACCAUUGAAGUGCAAGGGAAUUGUAGUGCCAUUAUUCAGAAAAAUCUUCCUUCAAAAUUAAAGGAUCCGGGUAGCUUCACCAUCCCCUGCACCAUUGGAAAUCAAGAUAUGGGGAAAGCUCUUGUUGACUUAGGGGCUAGCAUUAAUUUGAUGCCCCUAUCUAUGCUUAGAAAGAUUGGUGGUCUCGAAACCAAGCCAACAAGGAUGACCUUGCAACUAGCAGAUAGCUCCAUCAAAUACCCUUAUGCCGUGGUGGAAGAUGUGGUGGUGCAGAUAGAUAAGCUCAAGUUCCCGGUUGAUUUUGUGGUGAUGGAAAUGGAGAAAGAUGAAGGGGUACCACUCAUUCUUGGGAGGCCAUUCAUGAAGACAGCCAAGGUUGUCAUCAAUGUGGAUGAGGGAACACUGAAAUUGAAGGACUAA